AUGGAGAACUCUUGGAAAAUAUAAAGAUUGCCUUAGGGAAUUGUUGCAGCUACUUAUUUUAGAUAAAUAUUAUUAGCUAUUAUAUAUGGGCAUGAGAAAUAUAUUGUUCAUAGGGAUCUAAAGCCAGUAGAUGUUAGUUUUGUUAACUAACCAGAAUUCAUAGUUAAAGCAAUAAGUGUUGAUAAAUCCUGA